AUGAAGAGAGUUGCCCAGAGACCAAGAGGGAUGUUAAACACGUUGACUUCAUUUACUUUGCUACUAGCUGGAAUUGCUGAAGGAGUACCAUUAGCAGUUACUAUUGCCGUCACUUGCUGGAACAAGAGGAUGCUAGGUGAAAAGACCUUUGCUCCAGAACCAUCGAUUACUCUCACCAUGGCUUCAGUCACCAUUGUCUGCACUGACAAAACAGGGGCACUGCCAUUGGCCCCACAAGAAGUUGAAAGGUGCUGGAUUGGUAAAGAAGUUAUCAGUGAAGAUUCCAAGGUAUCCAAUCAUGUUCUGGAAGCAUUUUGUGACGGAAUUGGCAUACUAUCGUUAUUUCCAGAGAACAGCCAAACCCCAAUGGAUAACUCAAUCCUUGCUUGGGCUGCAGAGAAAUGGGACUUGAAAACGGAAAUCUGGAAGCAACUUCACAGUUUCAUUGAGUUCAAACAGUCAACUCACAAUGAGAACAUAGUUGUAGCAUUGGUUGGAAAGGAUGGAGGUAACUGGCCAAGGUUCUUGCACUACAAGGGUCCUGCAACGCCAAUAUUAGACCUGUGUUCACAAUUUUAUGACAUUGAAGGGAUAACAAGGCCCAUGGAUAUAAGUGAAAGGAUGAUUUUUGGAGACAUUGUUGGGCAAAUGCUGUCAGAAGGUUUUGAACCCAUCACAUUUGCUUGUAAGCAAGUUGAUGAAUCCAGGUCUGAUGAAGGCAAUCUAACAAUGGUGGCACUGUUGGGGCUAAAGAAGACUGGCUGGGAGGAUACAAAGGAGGUGAUAGAAGAAUGUGGAGAAGCUGGAAUUAAAGUAGUAGUAGCGUCAAGUGAGGAGGUCUUGAAGCUACAGAGCAUUGCUACAGGGUUUGGAGUCACACGGCCUGGUUCAGAUGCACUAGUCAUAACAGGCGAAGAAUUUCGAAAUAGCUCUGAUGAAGAGAGGAUGGACAUGGCAGCCAGAAUUUCUGUGAUGGGGAACUCCCUCCCGUCCGAUCGGCUUCUUCUGGUGAGUUGCUUGAAAGAUCAAGGACACACAGUUGCAGUGGUUGGAAACAGAACAAAUGACAUUCCGAUGCUAAUAGCUGCCGAUGUGGGAAUCACAUUUGCUACUUGGAGCACUGACAUUGCAAGAAAGAGCACUGACAUCGUCAUCACAGAAGGCAAUUUCAAAUCCAUCUUGGCCAUAAUGAAGUCCGGAAGAUGCAUAUACAGCAAUAUGCAGAAGUACAUUCAAUUUCAGCUGACUAUGACCUUAGCCGGGCUGUUGAUACCCUUAAUCACAAAUGCCUCUUAUGGAAGUUCACCUAUAACCACGAUUCAGUUCCAAUGGGCAAUCUCAGUUUUGACUCUUCUAGGUGGUUUGGCUCUUUUGAUGGAGCCGCCCUGUGAGAUGCUCAUGAAGAAAUUCACACCGGGACGAGAAGGACAACUCAUUACCAAGGCCAUGUGGGUGAAUAUUUUCAUGCAAACAGCUUACCAGGUGUCUCUGUUGGCAACCAUGCAGUCUAAAGGGCCUACCAUUCUCGGGCUUAAGGAGAAGGUAAUUGAGACUCUGAUAUUCAACAGCUUUUUUGUAUGCCAGGUAUUCAACAAAUUCAAUGCACGAGAGCCCGAAAAGAUGAAUAUCUUCAGAGGGGUCUAUCGCAGCAAAUGGUUUUGGGUGGGUACAGUUACCGCCUUCUUGUUGCAGUUGGCAUUUCUCGAGAUGGCACAUAUCAUUGCAAAAGAUUCAAGAUUGAAAUACGCAGAAUGGGGAAUGUGUCUGUUCCUUGGGGUUGUCUCAUGGUGCAUUGACUUAGCUGGAAAGUGCAUACUCCGCGUAAUGAAAAAGUGGGUGACAAAGCCACCGGGUGCAGUUGUGCAAGACAACGGAAACCUAACCUCAGCCGUCCCAGAACCCGCUUGCAAUCUCAAGCUUCUUCCGCUCAUGCAGAAGUUGAAGGCCGUAUACAUCCGAGUUAAAACUAUCUUCACAAAGGAUGGAGAAGCUGAUUGA